AUGGAGAAUAGGGAAAAUAAAACAUUGACAAGUUUUUGCUAUUGGGGCGGAGAACGGAAGGUAAAUGCCAAUGGCACCUUCUUGUACAACGGUGGGAUGUGUGUAGCAGUUCUACUUGAGGAAGGAAGUCAACUCAAUGAGUUACGUGAGAAGGUUUGUGGUGCCCUUCACAUUAAUUUCGAAGGUAAAAUGUUUUUCUACAACACGAAGAGGGACAAGACGAAGUAUGUAACAUUGAAUGACGACAAUGGUGUUGCAAUGUUGUUCCACUUGAACGAAGAUGAUGUCGACUUAUUUGUAGAAGAUUUAGGCCAGAAUAAUGACCCUAUCCACAAUACCGCUUACAAUUCUACAAGGGAAUCGAUGGUCAUUGACAAUAGUAGCUCGCCUGGAGGAAUACUGGCAAUACCUUCUCCCAGUCAGGUGACCAAUAGUUGUAGCCAAGAGAUGGGGUUGGUGCCAUACUUGCCGGACAAUGCAAAUGAGAUUUUAACUGGGAAGGGUCAACUAUUUGAAAGCCCCGACCUUUUCAAGCAAUCAGUGUUACUAUUUGCUGCAUCCAACAAGUUCAGCUUCACUUAUUUGGAUAAUAGUAGAGCCUACUAUCGAUUGGUAUGUAAAGUACCAGGGUGUCCUUGGAAGCUAACUGCAAAAUGUGAAGGUUCAAGUGAUUUGAUUCGUGUCAUCAUGUUAAGGAAUGAGCACCUACACAAUGCAGAAGAUGCUAGUAAUUAUAAGUUGACCUUUCGCAGUAAACAAGUGGGGUUGCUUUUCAAAAACCGAAUUGUGGACAAGCCUGAAUAUUUGCCGAGGGAUAUUUGCAAGGACUUUGAGCAUGUGUUCCAAUGUCGUCUGAAUUACAGUCAAGGUUGGAUGGCGAAAGAAAAGGCUAAGGAAGCCAUCACAGGACCUCCUUCGAUGACUUUCCACCUAGUCCCAUAG